AUGCACCCGACUUAUGAUGAACUGUACCCGACUUAUGAUGAACUGUACCCGACUUACGAUAAAAUGCACCCGACUUAUGAUGAACUGUACCCGACUUAUGAUGAACUGUUCCCGACUUACGAUAAAAUGCACCCGACUUAUGAUGAACUGUACCCGACUUAUGAUGAACUGUACCCGACUUAUGAUGAACUGUACCCGACUUACGAUAAACUGUACCCGACUUAUGAUGAACUGUACCCGACUUACGAUAAACUGUACCCGACUUACGAUAAACUGUACCCGACUUAUGAUGAACUGUACCCGACUUAUGAUAAAUUGUACCCGACUUAUGAUGAACUGUACCCGACUUACGAUAAACUGUCCCCGAUUUAUGAUGAACUGUAUCCGACUUACGAUAAACUGUACCCGACUUACGAUAAACUGUACCCGACUUACGAUAAACUGUACCCGACUUACGAUAAACUGUACCCGACUUAUGAUGGACUGUACCCGACUUACGAUAAACUUUAA